UGAGACAUAAUUGACAUGGCGGAAUCUCCCCUCGAUUGCACUGCGGUGGUCAGACUGACUGCGGAUUGCCUAACUUAUAUCUGGUGAAAAGUGGGACUCUGGAGUUUGUGAAGACAGUUUUAUUGCAGCAAGGAGGGCAGUCCAGGAAAUUUCUCCAUGAAUGUACGUCACAAUGAUGAUGACAGACCAGAUUCCACUGGACCUGCCCCCACCUCUACUCAACGGGGAGGUGGCCCUGAUGCCACCCAUGGUUAAUGGAGAUGGAUCUCAGCAGGUCUUUCUUGUCCAAGUCAAUCCUGGGGAAACCUUCACCAUUCGGGCAGAGGAUGGCUCCCUGCAGUGCAUCCAAGGCCCUGCGGAGGUUCCAAUGAUGUCACCCAACGGCUCCAUCCCCCCCAUCCACGUGCCUCCAGGAUACAUUUCCCAGGUCCUGGAGGACAACACCGGUGUGAGGCGGGUGGUGAUCACCCCCGGGUCCCACGAGUGUUACCCCCCCAGCUACUCCCCGACCAUCUCCCCCACCCACCACAUGCCACCCUACAUGGUGCCCCCUCCCUUCAUCCCCAACUCGCACACGGCCUUCUACCCGCCCGUCAGCCCGGGGGACAUGACCGCGCACCAGUACUACCAGCAUCACCACCUAUCACCCAUGUAUGGGGAAGAAAUCAUUCCAGUGUACAAUAUGAAUUACAUCAACCGGGAUGACCAGUACUGCAAGCCGCAGCCCAAGAAGGUGCCCAAGGAGAGACAGCUGGACCGCCAGAACCGCCUCAACAGCCCGCCCGCCUCGCUCUACAAGAACAACAUGGGCUGCAACAGCAUGUACAACGGCUACAGCAAGAGCCACAGCAACGUCGGGGGCAGCGGGGGCAGCGGCGGCAGUGGUGGCGGCGGUUGCGGUGGCGGUGGUGGCAGCGGUGGUGGUGGUGGUGGAGGUGGAGGAGGAGGCAGCACAGGUGGCAGCCCCAUCGCCAAGAAGACCAACCGGCCAGCACGCAGCAGUCCCAGGAACAGUGAACCGGAAAUCCCAGAUCCUGACUCAGAAACAAAGCAGGUUCAAGGCAUGCUUUCGGGAAUGGAGAAACCGCAGAUCUCUAACAUCCAGGCCAGGGCUGCUCGACUGACAUGGACCCCACCUGCAGGCCUGCUAAAUAAGGACAGACCCAGCAAUGGCCACCCACACACCUGCAUGUACGAAGUCACGUUGUCAGACAAGGGCCGGGACGGCAAGUACCGCCUUAUCUACAGUGGAGAAGAGCUGGAGUGCAAUUUGAAAGAACUACGACCGGCAACAGACUACCACGUAAGAGUGAACGCCAUGUGUAACUCAGUGAAAGGCUCGUGCUCGGAGACAGGAACAUUCACCACCCACAGCUGUGCGCCCGACUGUCCCUUCCCCCCGAAACUCUCCCACCGCGCCAGGAGCUCCCUCACACUCCAGUGGAAGCCUCCGGUUGACAAUGGGUCAAAGAUCACCAACUACCUUUUAGAGUGGGAUGAGGGCAAGAGGAACAAUGUUUUCAGAGAAUGUUACUUUGGGGGCCAGCGGCACUAUAAACUGACUCGUCUAUGUCCAGCGAUGGCCUACACGUUUCGAGUGGCUGCGCGGAACGACAUUGGCAUGAGUGGUUUCAGCCCAGAGGUGGUGUUCUGCACGACUGGAAGCCUGCCGCACCUGCCCCAGGCUCCCCGGCUGGUGAGGGCCGGCAUCACCUGGAUCACGCUGGAGUGGAGCCGCCCCGACGGCUGCUCGGCAGAGGAGCGCAUCAGCUACACGCUGGAGAUCCAGGAAGAGAACAACGGAACAGAGUUUCACCCAAAGUACACUGGAGAAAACUUGAGCUGUACUGUAGAGGGGCUGAAGAGGAGCACGCAGUACAAGUUCAGGCUUAUUGCAUCUAAUGUGGAAGGCCACAGCCACCCCAGCGAGGUUCUGGUGUGCACCACAAGCCCUGAUAAGCCUGGUCCCCCAUCCAAGCCCUGUGUAAAGGGAGCCGUCACGCCGUACAGCUUCACAGUGAAAUGGGACCCUCCACAAGAUAACGGAGGCUCAGAAAUCUUGACAUACCUCUUGGAGAUUUCCGAAGGCAACUCUGAUGCCAACCAAUGGGACAUUGCUUACAGUGGGCCAUCCACAGAGUAUGAGUGUGAUGACUUGAAACCCGGCACUUUGUACAGACUGCGCAUCUGCAGCAUCAGCACCGGUGGCCACAGCCAGUGCUCGGAGAGCCUGCCGGUCCGCACAUUAAGCGUGGCACCAGGACCUUGCCAGCCCCCACGUGUUGUGGGCAAGGCCAAGCACAAGGAAGUCCAGCUACAGUGGGAGUGUCCGUCCUCUGAGGGCUCUUGUGAGGUGACGGAGUACAGCCUGGUGAUGAGCGAGGGCGAGGGCGAGGGCGAGGGCGAGGCGGAGCCGGCGGAGGUGUACCACGGCCCGGAGCUGGAGUGCACGGUGGGCAGCCUGCUGCCUGGAGCCUCCUACAGCUUCCGCCUGCGCGCCGCCAACGAGGCCGGGUAUGGACCUUUCUCUGAAGCCAUGGAGGUGACGACCGCCGCUGGACCUCCAGGCCAAUGUGGGGCGCCGUCUCUCACCCUCACAUCCAGCACCGCUGUCCUUGUGAGCUGGGAGAGUCCGGAGACAUCGGGUGCAGACAUCUCGGAGUACCGGCUGGAAUGGGGCCGUGAUGAGGAGCCCAUGGAGCUGAUUUACUGCGGCAGCGACACUCAGUGCGAGAUCUCAGACCUGGCCCCCGCUACACAUUACUGCUGCCGACUGCAGGCGGCCAACCAGGCUGGCGUGGGUCCCUACAGCGAGUCGGUGAGCUGUGUGAUGCCGGCGAGCGCUCCGGAGCCCGUGUCGGGGCUGUGCGUGCUGGAGCAGGACCCCACAGGCUGCGGGGAGUACUCCCCCUCCACCUGCCUGGCCCUGCGCUGGGACGAGCCCUGCUGCAACGGAGCCGAGAUCAGCGGCUACGCGCUGCACCUGGGAGAGGUGCAGAUCAGCCUGGACGCCACCGCCACCUGCCACGUCCUGCAACAGCUGCAGCCUGAUACAGAGUACAGCAUCCAGAUCCAGGCGAUGAAUGAGGUGGGAGCCAGCUCUCUGAGUGCCCCGCUGGUGGCCUGCACCAGGCCCCUGCCCCCCGAGCCCCCCAGGCUGGAGUGCGUGGCCCCCGGCCCCCAGAGCCUGAAGCUGCGCUGGGGAGACAACAGCAGCAGCGGCGGCGGCAGCAGCAGCAGCAGCAAGGUCCUCAUGAGCACUGAGCUGGCAUACAACCUGCAGAUGGAGGACAAGACCGGCAGGUUCGUCACCAUCUACCGCGGGCCCAGCCACACUUACAAGAUGCAGCGGCUGGCGGAGUCCAGCUCCUACAGCUUCAGGAUCCAGGCGGUGAGCGAGGCUGGCGAGGGCCCCUUCUCCCACACCUGCAGCUUCACCACUACCAAGUCUGUGCCUCCCACACUUAAAGCGCCCAGGGUGUGCCAGCUGGAGGGUAACGUGUGUGAGGUGAGCUGGGAGAGCGUGCCCCCCAUGAGGGGAGACCCCAUCAGCUACACCCUACAGGUCCUCAUCGGGAGAGAGCUGGAUUACAAGCAGGUCUACAAGGGUGAGGACCCGUCUCACCAGAUGCUGCUGCAGUGCAACACAGAGUACCGCUUCCGUGUGUGCGUGUGCCGCCGCUGCCAGGACAGCUCUCAGGAGCUCUGUGGCGCCCUUAGCCCCGCCUCCCUCUUCACGGUGCGCCGCCCCGACCCCGCCCUAAUGGCCGACGCGUCCGGCGCGGCAGCCGGAGCGGUCGCCCCCACCGGCAUCAUCUCGACAGACGAGCGCUUCGCUGCGGUGAUUGUGUGCGCUUUCGCUGCCCUCUCCAUCCUCAUGGCCUUCAUCCUGCAGUACUUCUGCAUGAAGUGAAGCAAGACGCUGGAAAGGAGAGCACCCAAGUAGAAAAAAAGGAGAGAAAAAAGCAACACACAAACAGACAGAAAAAAAGACACACUUCUGAAAGUAGCCCUACAGAGAGGGAUGAGAAAAAAAACAACAACACUUGAGGUAUAUGUCUGACGCUACCGGUGUAGUCCAAGUUAUGUAUUCGGGCUUUUUAAUGUUUUUGACCUGCGCAUCCUCCUGUUCUUCUCUGCCACUCUCUUCUGUCCUCACUCGUUCACUCUCUCAUCUAAGGAUCUGCCACAUCCACCAAAGCCUGUUACACCUACCACCUCAUCAUGGCUGACAGCAUAAACUCUUGACAUAUCAAGCCUUAAAAUGGUCAUUUAUCAAAAUGAUUUGCAUGCUCUAUUUUUUAAUCCAUCAAAUGGUGUACAACUACACAAGGAAAUGUAAUGUCUAUUACCUUCUAUGGCCUUUUUACAUGUGUUAUCUCACUUUAGUCUGCUGCAGACGUUAUCUGCCUACUUACAGCCAUAUUCAAAAGGUUUGGCACCUCGGCUUUAUCAUGAAAUGUCAUUCAUUGUAGUUUUUUGAUUUCAUCGUUUCAUUGAUUGAUUUUUCAAAAUGCUGUUCUUUGUACUGUUCCGUUGUUUUGUUUUUUUUGUAUUAGAGAAAUCACAGUGUUCUCAAAGGAAACAGACACUAAUGGAUGGUUCCGAGGCGAGCGGGCAGUUUGGCCUCAAGAUCAUGAAGCAGCUGAGUUGAUUGGCUGAAUCAUCCCCAUGAUCAUGUAGCAGCUGAGUUGAUUGGCUGAAUCAUCCCCAUGAUCAUGUAGCAGCUGAGUUGAUUGGCUGAAUCAUCCCCAUGAUCAUGUAGCAGCUGAGUUGAUUGGCUGAAUCAUCCCCAUGAAUCUCAUUUCAGUCGAAAGGCUUACCUGGAGCUCCUGCAUUGAAGCUGCCAAAGCAAAGUUGCAAUCUGUGUGUGGUUAUCGUAAUGCUGCUAUUAUGUGUUUUAUCUAUAGAUACUUAUAUAUAUAUCUAUGUAUAUCUAUAUCUAUCUAUAGAUAUAUAGACAAUUUUUACCUGUUAUCUAAUGAUAUUUAAAUAUAAUCUAUAAACACAGUUUAUAAUGAGAAUUAUUGGGUUUGAAGUAGGCAUCUCAAAUAGAGUGUCUUAUAGUAUGGGUCAGCUCAUAUACUUUGGUGCUUUUUCCUGUUUUUUUUUUUUAAUCUGUGGUCAGUAGCGGUGUCGGUGAAGCCUGGGAGUGUGGCUGUGCCGUAUGCAAGCUGUUGAAAUGCUGCCACCCCCGCCACAGAAGCCCGACUUGUGAAACGGGCGAGUCCUGGAGUCCGGUCAGGCUCUGUCUGCCCAAAAUAUUUGACAGGGGAGUUGGUGACUGGGCUACUGUUGCUCGUCCCACACCUCUCGUUUCUCGUUUCGUUGUGCUUACCAGAGUGAAUCUGUCAGGGCCCAGAUGCCUCUGCCUCUGCUCCGGCAUCUAUAAUCUUGCCCCUGGAGUAAGGCUUCGGCUCUCUCACCUCACGACAGACACAGGGACCAUGACGACUGUUGAAUGACUAGUGCCACAACAAAUCAUGUCAAAGUCAAAAGCCAGUGGGUUGCUGUGAAAUGAUUACUCGUACCGCUGCUGGUCACUCUGUGAAUCAUGAUCUGUAAGACCCCUUUCGUCUUUUUACUCUCUUUCCAUUUUGCAGCAUAUACUCCAUCCCUCUCCAUCUUUGUUUCUCUCCCUCUCUCUUUCUCGCUAUCUCUCAUGUUCUCUCUCUCUCUCUCUCUCUCUCUCUCUCUCUCUCUCUCUUCAAUCUCAAAGGUGCUUUCAUGUCACAUUGCAGCAGUCAAACCCUCAUUGACGUUAAAACAAACCAAGAACCUUAAUGUGCAUGCCAAACACUACGUACUACAGGAGGGAAAGGGCCAUGUGAACAGCUCCAUCAGUCAAGGUACAAAACCAUCAGAUUCCACAGAUCCAAAGAUACCCGGAUAUCUGCAGAUAUGUUUUAAUUUUUUUUCUUUCAAGCAAGGGAAUAUAAGAAGGGGAAUUUUGGGGAAUCAGGGCUUGUAAUGGUCAAUAAGGCCCUCCCUUAUUUUCUGAAUGACAGCAUGUGUCGUACCUCAGGGACGUGGACAUUAAUAGAGGUGAAGAAAUUACUCUUGUUACCAGGAGGGUGCUGCAAACACUAUUUUAAAAUUUCUUUGUGUUCAAAAUUUUUAUUUUCUUUAUUUUGUUUUUACUUGGCCAUCACUGUCAUCAUUACUCUCUGUUUUCCCAAUCUGCCCUUGUCUGUACCUGUCUCUUCUUACCUAAGCUGUGCCUUGAUCCUUUGUGUCCGUAAGCAAAAUCGUUUACUAGCUCAAGAUACCUUUGCCAAAGUUAAUGGGAAUCUAAGGUAUAAUUCUUUUAGUUUUAUUUAUACUAUAUAUUGCAUUCAGUACUUUAAAUGCCAAUUACAGUGCAAUCUUCAUUUAUUUAUUUUUAAAGAUUAAGAGACAAAUGUAGUUAUGUACUAAUUUUUUUUUCUCUCGUAGCAUGUUAUUUCUGUUUGUUUGUUUUUGAUGUAUUAGAAUUAUGAUUAAGGCCAGCAUUCCUAAUAAUAAUGAUGAUGAUGAUGAUGAUAAUAAUAAUAAUAAUAACCCUUUGAUAAUGUUUUUUUUCCAGUAAUUUGGUACAUGUAGCAAGCAACAUGCUGUUAACAUUGACAUUUACAUAUAGCCGAAUGCCUAUUCAUCACCUUUCAGAGAAGUGCUGUACUAUCAGCCUGUUGUAUCUGCAUAGAGUUUGUAGCAAAUGUUUAACCAGGUAAUGGUGUUCUGUUAUGGGAUAUAAUUCGCUACAUUUUGGUAUCGCUUAAUAGUGUUAUGAAGCUUAUGAUAUACUGUUUGCCAAAGCUGAGACCUGUCCACCUUACUUUUUUUUUUCUUUGUUUGCUGUUUAUUUAAAGGGUUAUGUGACAAAUCCUUUGUGACUAUAGAGCAUUAUUAUAUUGAAAGAGGAAAAUGUUAACUUGAUCUGUGAUUACACCUUUUUUUCUUUUUGUAGAGAAAAUUGUGCCAUUUAUUUGUGUAACCCCUACGGUGAAGUUUUUAUGUACAAUUUCAUGCUGAAAGGUCAGAGAAACAAUCAAACUAUAUUUUGAGCAAGUACUUUUUUUCCAUACAUCAUAGCUCAAUAGGGAACUUAUCCAGUAUUUUGCUAAGGAAUGAUAUAUAGAGUUUUAUAGAGAUAUUAUAUGUCAACUAACAGAAAAUGAAGCACUUUUUAAAAAGCUAAAUGUUAGUCUUCAUAAAAUAUAUCGUGAUCAAAUUCCAAUUAUUUGAAAUGAUGCUUUCCCUGAUUAAAUACAUGUAAAAGGCAUGAUUUAGCUGGCCCUAAUGCAUAGGGUGUCAGAUCAGUAUAGCCUACUGUUUCAAAUAUCUCUAAACCUGGUAUCAUCAUUACUGUCUGCGUUCAUCUCAGUCUACUUUAGUUUAUAUUAUAUAUAUAUGAGGUCUUUGUCUCCAUCAAAUUAUGUGUUACAAUGAAUGAAGUGCUUAUAAUUUUAAGCAAAUGGUUAUCAGAAGCCUAACUUUUUUUACCCAACAAUUUUGUUACUAUUUUUAUACCAUCGUUCGAUUUUGUUUGAAAGCGAAAGUAUUGAUUUUUUUUUUAAAUUGUACUUUGGUUCUAAGUUUUCCCAAACUCCCAAAGUGGUCCCUGGUAAAUGUAUAGAGGAAAUGUAUUGAACUAUUUUCCAAAAAUAAUGUGUUUUAUACCUCACAGUUUGAAACAUGAAUGAGAAAAUGAGAAACAUUCCAAGCUUUUCAUGGUCUACAAUUUCUAAGAAUCAUACAUUUCUUCUUGUAUUGUAAAUGUUAGACAAUUUCAUAAACAUAAUGUAAAAGAAACUGCCAUAUCAAUUUUAAUGUAUAGAUUUUUGCAAAUACUACCCAAUGUAUGUAAGACUUAUCUGUAUCUGUAGCUUAUAUGUAAUAUAUUUAUGCCCAAUAAAUGUUUUAAUUUUUCU